CACAACCCACUAUCAUCUUUAUUGCAUUCGAUACCUAGUAGUCCACCAGCCGUAGUCUAUAGAUGGCUCCGCCGUGGCGCGUGGGAAAUUUAUAUCAUACGAGAGGCGUUGCAAAUAACUAAAAAGUGAAAGUCGUUAUUUCAGUUAAGAGCUCAAGCAUUAUAGUCGAUGAUUUUUUUUUCCGCCAAAUUCAUCUGCUAUUCUGGUAAUCUACCGCUCCACUAUCUAGAAACUAUGCGAUUCAAAAUACCCAGUAAUAUCUCACCUCAUCUAGGAGAAAAACUGCUUAAACCCAUUCUAAAUUCGGGCGAUUUAAGUCGUGCACGCCAACUGUUCGACAAAAUUCCUGAACCAAAUCUACAUUCUUGGGCAAACUUGAUUUCUGGUUACACAAAGCAAGGUUAUUCAAAUGAAGCAGUUAAGUUGUAUUCUAUAUUCAGGAAGCAGAACAUUCAGCUGCCUGAUAGGAUACUGCUUCUAUCAGCUGUCAAGGCCUGUGCUGCAUCUGCUGAUCUUUCGAAAGCGAAAGAGAUUCAUGAUGAUGCUGUUAGGUUUCGGUUUUUGUCUGAUCUUACUGUGGGAAAUGCGUUGAUUAAUAUGUAUGGGAAAUGUAAGUGUUGUGAGGGUGCUCUGUCUGUUUUCAAUGAGUUGCCUGUCAGGGAUGUUAUUUCUUGGACAUCGUUGUUGUCGAGCUAUGUCAGUUGUGGGUUUCUUGGGGAUGCUUUGAUUGUGUUUCGUGAGAUGGGAUUGUGUGGAUUGAGACCGAAUGAAGUGACGGUGUCUUCAAUUCUGCCUGCGUGUUCUAAAUUGAAGUGCUUGGAUUUAGGUAGACAAAUUCAUGGGUAUGUUGUGAAAGAUGGGUUUGGAGAGAAUACAUUUGUUACUAGUGCGCUUGUUGACUUGUAUGCAAUCUGCUCAUGUUUGAAAGAGGCUCAGUUGGUGUUUGAUAGUAUGCUUGUGCGUGAUAUCGUCUCUUGGAAUGUUAUAUUAUCGGCGUAUUUCUUAAAUGGAGAAUCAGAGAGGGCUCUCAGCCUAUUUGGUGAAAUGAGAACACAUAGGGUCACCUUAAAUUAUGAUUCAUGGAAUACUGUGAUUGGUGGGUGUGUUCAAAAUGGUGAGAACACCCAAGCUCUUGAAUUGCUUGUCCAAAUGCAGGUUCAAGGGCUCAAACCCAAUCAUAUUACCUUAACUAGUGCUUUACCUGCAUGCUCAAACUUAGAGAGGUUAAGGAAGGGAAAGGAGAUCCACGCAUACAUUUUUAGGAAUAAGAUUUUCGCUGACAUGACAACCACAACAGCCUUGAUUUAUAUGUAUGCUAAAUGCGGUGAGCUUGAGAUUUCCAGUCAGAUAUUUAAUAUGAUGCCUAGAAAGGAUGCUAUAGCUUGGAAUACCAUGAUUAUUGCAAAUGCUAUGCAUGGGAGAGGAGAAAAAGCUUUGUUGCUCUUCAAAAAUAUGAUAACUUAUGGUGUUAAGCCAAAUUCUGUAACUUUUACAGGGGUUCUCUCUGGUUGCAGUCACUCAAGACUUGUUGAUGAGGGUCUUCAAGCUUUUCAUUCAAUGAGGGAUCACUUUAUUGAGCCCGACGCAGAUCAUUAUUCAAGUUUAGUUGAUGUACUCAGUCGUGCUGGUCGCCUAAAAGAAGCUUAUGAAUACAUUCAGAAAAUGCCCAUGAAACCAACUGCUGCUGCCUGGGGAGCUUUACUUGCUGGUUGUAGAGUGUAUAAGAAUGUUGACUUGGCACGAAUCGCUGCCAAGCAUCUGUUUGAGAUUGAACCUGACAAUCCUGGAAAUUAUGUUUUAUUGUCGAACAUCUUUGUUGCUGGCAAACUGUGGGGUGAAGCUUCUAAAUAUCGGAGAAUAAUGGAAGAAAAGGGAAUAUCAAAACCACCAGGUUGUAGUUGGAUUCAGGUCAAGAACAAAGUUUACUCAUUUGUUGUUGGUGAUAAUAGCAAUGAACAGAGUGAUAAAAUAUCCCAAUUCUUAAGUAAUAUCAGAUAUAAGGUCAGACUGGCUGGGUAUUUGCCAAAUACUGAUUUUGUUCUGCAAGAUCUGGAUCAAGAAGAGAAAGAGGAAGUCUUAUGCAACCAUAGUGAGAAGCUAGCAGUUGCUUUUGGGUUGCUGAAUUUAAAUGGGGAAUCUUCAAUACGGGUAUUCAAAAAUUUAAGAAUAUGUGGUGAUUGUCAUAAUUUCAUAAAAUUCACAGCCAAGGUUGUUGGCAUACAGAUCAUUGUUAGAGACUCAUUAAGAUUUCACCAUUUCAAGGAUGGCUUGUGCUCUUGUCAAGACUUUUGGUGAUUACUUCAUUGUAAAUCUAAAGGAGUAGCAAAGUAUUCGGUGUAUGAACUGAGGACAUGACCUAUCUCAAGACUUAUGAGCUUCAAAGAUGCUUUGGUGUUAGAAGUUCAGUUUGACAUUUAGCUAUUAUGCUGUCAAGCAGCAGGGACACUUCUUUUCUGUUGUUGAUAAGCAUAGCACGCACAACUGAUGGAAGAAAAGGCUGCUCAAAAUGGAAUGCUAAAUUGCUAAUUACAGGGGAGAGAGAGCAUUUCAACCAAGUUUAAGGAGUUUAGGUAAAGAAAAUUCAAGUCCGUCCAGUAUAGUCCUUUUUAUUAGAGAUUAUCAUGGUUCAUCAGGCAAACUGGAGGUAAAACCAUCAUCUUACAUAUGUAUCCUGAAUGGCCUGCAUCAUUUGAAUGCUAUCGACAACAAAUUUAAUCCUGGACUUUUGUUCUCUUGCUAAGGCCUCUAGCCAUUCUAUAAGAUGUGGAAGUCUUUACGGAUUUUCUUUUUUUUUUUUUUUUUUUCAUAUCAUUCAUGUAGGGCUGCAAAGACUAUAACGUCGAUGUGCUAAUGUGCUUGAAACAUAGGUCUUAGGUACUAGUGGUACCUCAUAAUCAUAGAGAUCUUAUAUUGGCUAACUUAGAUAACAUUAGCUAGCUAACUUAGAUAACAUCUGCAAACCUGUAAAACAUGAAAUUCAUGUUUUAAACAACCAGCUAUUUAAGCUUUCAGAAACUGGUUUAGCAUUUGUGAUGAGCUUAAUCUGUAACAACAUUGUGAGAAUGUAUAUGUGAUACAUUUUACAUCCAUCUCAAGGAUCUGAGGAUGGAACUAUCUUCCAUGGGCUGUUCU